CAUCUAUGGCCAAAAAACUGCUGUGACAAUUUCGCUUUUGUUCAUAGUUGUCUUUGGGACACUUCUCAUGGCUUCACAGGAGCGUGUUCCCCUGCAAAGAGGAAGUAAGGAAAGUCCUAAUCUUUUACGUGAAUAUGGGUAUGAUUUCUCCAAACUGAAGGCAGCCAUGAGUGUCGGAGGAUCCUUGAGACAAGUGCCUGGUGGACCAGAUCCCCUAUAUGACUCUUCACCGCCCGGAAAGCCUAGCUAUCACUCCACCACCCAAUAA